AUGCAGCUAGAAGUGGUCAAAUCACCUCCUAAGUUACCAGUUGUGGGAGACGACGGACACGCUGCCCGCCGCCGCCGACCUCCGCCGCCGCUGACCUCAGCGCCGACUUCACUCCGUCCGACCAUCAUCUACCGCACGACCAACACCCAUUGGAGAGCCGAUGACCGAACAGGAAACAAAAAAUUUGCCCAUCCCAGCCGUCGAAGGCUCCUCUACCACAUGACUGUCCCGCCGCACGCCACCGCCAGCCUCCGCCGCCGCCAUCAACACCCUGUCCGACAUUUCUCUACUGCGCAAUCAACAAUCACUCUGUCCAACCUUUGUCUAUCGCCUCUGUUGUCCGGCGAGCAUCCGUCUCUUCUUGUCCCGCUGUCGACGUCCGGCAAGGCCCCGAAAAGCAAACGCCCUGCCAUGUCGGAGAAACAAUUGGAUUAUUUUGGGAAUUUGGGGAUUGGGUUUGGGGAUCGGAUUUGGGGAUUUACGUUGGGGAAUUCUCAAGCAUCUCCAAUAGGGCAGACAAACUAUCAGUCAAAUUCAUCUGGGGUGGCCCAAAGAAUGCAGCCUGUGGCGACUCAACAAUUAUUUGAAGAGGAAAUCAGUGGUACUGAUGGAGGGGAGCCUAUGUCCAGGUUAUGUGUUUUUAGUCCUAAGGGACAAAGGGAGGGGCAGGGGAGAAAAGUGGAUCUUAGCCAGGAGAAAGAUGCUCUGAUAGUGCACAAAAUCUUGGAGCAACAUAAGAAGGGUCAAGGGAUGGAAAUGGAGGAACAGAGGUAA